AAAUAUUUGCUCUAUGGGGGAUAGUUUUACUGAAGUGUACUAUUGACAUGGAUGUGUGACCAAAAUAUAACAUAAGGCAGUCAGAUACAGGGCACACAUCACUAGCUUGUCUCUCAUCCUACACAAUGGUGUCCUGCGUCUUGUGUCUGGGGCUGAUCCUCCUGCACAUCUCUGGGACUGUGGAAGCAAAACCGCACUAUGUGAUCACCGUUCCUGCACAGUUAGUGCAGGGAUCGCAGCAGAAAGCCUGCGUGACCUUCCUUGAUCUGGAUGAAGUGAUUGACGUUAGACUGGAACUACAGAAAGAUGAAAAAGUUCAGGUUGUUGCUGAGCAGAAAAUAAACACCCCGGAAUAUUCCCAAUGUUUCUCUUUCAAGGUCCCUGUGGUGGUGGUAGAAGAUUGGUCAGUCUGGUUGUUCCGUGUAUCUGCACAUGGGAAACACUUAAAUGUCAAUGAGACCAAGAAGAUAUUAAUACAUAAAGCAUAUGAACGGUGUCUCGUUCAGACGGAUAAAGACACAUACAAGCCGGGUGAUACAGUGAAGUUUCGGUUUUUAACUGUGGACUACCAAUUCCAUGCAUCAGAGAGAAAGUAUGCAACGGUUGAGCUAAAGGACCCAAAUGGUAGCCGUAUUGGACAGUGGCUGAAUGUGUCUUCUAAUCAUGGUUUUGCUGAUUUUGGUUUUCCUUUGGCAAAUGAGCUAACUCUCGGAGUAUAUAGAAUUAAAUCAACCGAUGGAUGUGAAACAGAAUUUACUGUCUCUGAAUAUGUGCUGAAAAGAUUUCAGUUACAAAUCAACUUGCCGCCCAAUGUAACUUUGGCAGAUAAAUCCUUUCUCCUGGAAUCUUGUGGCAGUUACACCUAUGGAAAGCCAGUAGAGGGCUCUGUUGAUUUUAUAAUCUGUCCUAGAGCAAUUGCUAACAUCUGGCAAUGGGGCUAUCAACCCAUUAGUAACAAUGAAGAACAUAACAAAAAAUGCCUCCAAAUAAAAGAUGUGAAGACUGAUAACAAAGGAUGUCUGUCCAGGGAGAUCAACCUCAGUUUUUUCAAUUUCUCAACCUCAGAUCGCAAAAUGUAUUUAACAAUUUCAGCUUCACUAACAGAAGACGGCACAGGUCACACUGAGAGAGCAUCAAAUAACCUCAUGCUCGGGAAUUAUAGGAAAUUACAAUUUGUGGAUACUGGAGAGUUUUACUAUAGAGGUAUUCCAUUCCAAGGCAAGGUAAAAGUAGUUGAUGAGAAAAAUCAUCCCAUGGCUAAUGAAGUUUUAUCAGUUCGUGUGCAGCAAAAUCUUCGUCAGAUCCCAAAUGUGGUGACGGACAAAAAUGGAUUUGCUCAUUUUACACUUAACACCUCUAGAUGGAGCAGCUAUGUGUCCUUAGCGAUAACACUUUCAUCAGCUGAUAAUGAUGACGAUAAUGACUAUAGAUAUGCAAUGCACAUCAGUAAUUGGCUUUUACCCUUUUACUCUGAGAGUAACAGCUUUCUGACUCUAGAACAAAUUUCAGACCAAGUCUCGUGCGACUCUGAUCUAUCGGUGAAUGUGCAAUAUGACAUCAAUAAGAGCAGCCUGGAUCCUAAAUCUGAUCAUCUCACGUUCUUCUACUAUCUGCUGUCUAAAGGGGGAAUCACUUCUUACAAACAAUAUAAACUAAACCUUAAAGAGCAAGCAAAUAGCCCAACACUGCAUGGAUCUUUCCCAAUACAGAUCCAUGUAGAUUCUGAUCUUUUCCCUGCGGUACAUAUCCUUAUUUUCUCUGUAUUGCCCAAAGGAGAGACUAUUGCAGGGAGAGCAAUAUACAACAUUGCAGGUUGUUCCAAGACCAAGGUGCAACUCAGUUUCUCAGAAGCUCAGGUCCGUCCUGGGGAUAAGGUGAAUCUAAAGCUUACAGCCGAGUCUGAAACCUUGUGUUCCGUGCGAUCUGUGGAUAAAGGGUUUUUACUUCACAAAGCUCAUGAGGACACCUCAUUGCUGACAGAUUUUACAAGGAGAUUAUCAGAGACAUUUACUUCAGGUCAAUAUCGCCAUCCUAAUUUGAUAUGGGACCCAGUAUAUCACCGAUGCCAAGAAAAUGAGACUGUUGUACAGGAGGAUUAUUCCCUGACUGAGGUCUCUGCUUUGUUUGAGGCACACAAUCUAAAAGUAUUUACCAACACACAGAUAAAGAGACCAGUGAGAUGUGCUGCAGCAUAUAUCCGUGCCCGCUCUUCAGUGCAAAUGAAAAAAAUUAAAACUGAAGGAAAAGGUCAAGAGCUGAAGAAGCAUCUCGCAAGAACAAACUUCCCUGACACCUGGUUAUUUGACUUAGUUUCUGUAGGCCCAGAGGGACACACAGUACUGAACCUGACUACCCCAGACAGUAUCACUAAGUGGGAAACUGAUGCAUUUUGUAUAGGGAAGUCUGGACUUGGUGAGAUAAAGAAUGUUGGGUUCACCACCUUCAAACCUUACUUCAUUGACCUGAUAUUACCCUACUCUGUGGUACAAGGAGAGAAAUUUACAAUCAAGGCCCUGGUCUUCAGCUACAAGAAGAACUGUAGUCUGGUGGUGGCUUCACUGUCUGAUUCAAAUGAUUUCACAACAGUCCAAAGCAAGGAGCAGGCCAGAUGUGUCUGUGAAGGCCACUCGACCCACUUUACCUGGAAUGCCACAGUCUUAAAUCUAAAGAACUUAAAGAUCCAUGUGAGCAGUGGAUCCCUGCAGGUCAUUGGAACAUGUACUGCAGAUCCACUUUUGUUGGGAAAGGAUCACAGAGAAGACUCUAUUGAGAAAACUAUUGUGGUCAAGGCUAGAGGACACGAAGAACAAAAGACAGAAACUUAUAUUAUAUACCCAGCACAUAACAGUGAGAAAAUCCAAGUUUCUUUCCAAGUUCCAGACAGAAUGGUGCCAGGCUCGGAACGUGCCCACAUCAUUGUACUGGGUGAUCUCAUGGCCAAUUUUAUCAUUAAUUUGGACGAUAUGCUUCAUAUGCCAGAAGGGUGCGGGGAGCAGAACACAGCAAAGCUUCUAAGAAAUGUUUACUCACUGCAGUACUUACAGAGUACCAAAGAACUAACACCCCAAACCCAAAAAAAGAUUGUGGAAUCCUUAAUUCAAGGCUACCAAACAGUACAGAUAUCUAAAAAUGAAGACAACGCUUAUUCAUUGCAUCGAGGUUCUCCAUCAAAUUUAUGGCUCACAGCCUAUGUAGUAAAGUUUUUUAGCAGCGCUCAAGGAUUGAUCUACAUAGAUGAGACUCAAGCUCAGCAAGCUGUGACAUGGUUGAACAGUCGACAGUUACCCAAUGGCUGUUUUGACGGCGAGGAGUCUUACUUUAAUAAUGACGUACAGGUAGAUAAAGAAGUGACACGAGCUGCUUACAUCCUCAUCUCACUGCUGGAGCAUCCCCAGGCCUACAGCGCAAACAUUGUGGAGAAUGCAUUGAAGUGUUUGAAGAAUGAAGCACACAGUGUUACAACUACCUUUACCCAGGCUCUUCUGGCCUAUGCCUUCACUCUGUCAGGAGACAGUGAACUGAGACAGGAGACACUGGAGCACUUGGAGAAGGCUGCUAUAAAGAAAGAUGGAUUUAAACAUUGGCAAAGAAACAUGUACAAUCAAGAAGACAUUGAGACAACUUCCUAUGUUGUUCUGGCUUUACUUUCUAAAAAAACAAUAACCCAGAGGGAUCUUGAGGAGAGCGCAGAUAUUGUUCGUUGGCUUUUGACAAAGCAGAAACCACGGGGAGGAUUCGGCUCCUCUCAGGACACUACAGUAGCUCUUCAAGCUCUGGCUAAAUAUGCCCAGACCAUGCACCAUAAGAAGGGAGAUGCAACGGUGACAGUUGAGUCAAAGUCUGGGUUUUAUAAAGAGAUUCAUGUGGAUAAAAGUAACAGCCUUCUCCUACAAACAGUAGACCUGCCAGAGUUCCCUGGAGAAUACACAGUGACUGUCACAGGAAACGGCUAUGUCUAUGUACAAUCACACCUGCAUUACAGCAGUCUUCCUGUCAAAUCUGAUGCCUACUUCGUCCUCAAUGUAAGCUCUGAGCCAGCCAUCUGCACUCACGAGGGACAAACAAGUUUUGAGGUCCACGUGGAUGUACGAUACUCAGGAGGACGUGCCGAGACCAACAUGGCUUUGAUUACGGUGGAGUUUCUGUCCGGGUUUCACUCUGAUGAGACAAGCGUAAAUAAGUUGAGGAAGAAUCCUGCAGUAGAUAGAACAGAGGUCUCAGCGGAUAAAGUCACCAUUUACCUGACCAAGCUCACUCAUGUAACAGAGAGAUUUGCUUUUGGCAUGACCAAAGAAACACAUGUGGAAAAUCUGCAGCCCGCAAAUGUCAUAGUUUAUGAUUAUUAUGUUCCAGAUGAAAACACUGUGGCAGAGUAUAAUUCUUGCAGUGCAGGGUUUGAAAAAGACAAAUCCCACUAAUCAGUGAAGAUAUCACAUGGUGUCCUCCAUGCCACAGAAUACAUGCAGUCUAUCUUCAAAUACUGUAGAUGAGAAGAGAUUCCCAUCAUUAACACUGGCUGAUUAAUAGUUUAUUUUAAUACAAUAUUCAAUAAACAAUACUCAACCUAC